GACGAGGAGGGAGGGAGCAUGGGGAAGGAGCAGGACCUGCUGCAGGCGGUGAAGAAUGGAGACCUGCCGUCGACUCAGAAGCUGCUGUCCAAACUCAGAACCAACAGGAACAGUUUUCAGCUCUUCAUCACGCCGCUCUCACUGGGACCACAGAGCUGCUGUCGGCUCUGAUCGAGGCUCAGGCCACGGUCGACGUCAAGGACAGUAACGGGAUGCGUCCGCUGCAUUACGCCGCCUGGCAGGGGAAGGCCGAGUCGGUCCUGAUCCUGCUCCGCUCUGGAGCCUCAGUGAACGGGGUCUCUCUAGACGGGCACAUCCCACUUCACCUGGCGGCCCAGUACGGACACUUCCCUGUGUCUGAGAUGUUGCUGCAGCAUCAGUCCAACCCCUGCCUGGUCAACAAGGCCAAGAAGACUCCUCUAGACCUGGCCUGUGAGUUCGGGAGAGUCCAGGUGGCCCAGCUGCUGCUGAGCAGUAACAUGGUGGUGGCGUUGCUGGAGGGGGAGAGGAAGGAGCAGACGGACUCAGCUUUCACCACGCCGCUGCACCUAGCCGCACGCAACGGACACAAAGACAUCAUAAAGCUUCUGCUGAAGGCCGGCAUCGACAUCAACAAGACCACCAAGUCUGGAACGGCUCUCCAUGAGGCGUCACUGUACGGGAAGACAGAGGUGGUGCGUCUGCUGCUGGAUGCCGGAGUAGACGUCAACAUCCGAAACACGUACAACCAGACGGCGCUGGAUAUCGUCAACCAGUUCACCACGUCGCACGCCAGCAGGGACAUCAAACAGCUGCUGCGAGACGCCACAGGGAUCCUUCAGGUCCGGGCUCUGAAGGAUUACUGGAACCUUCACGACCCCACCGCCCUCAACAUCCGGGCCGGAGACGUCAUCACGGUGCUGGAGCAGCACAUCGACGGGCGCUGGAAAGGCCACAUCCACGACACCCAGAGGGGGACAGACCGGGUGGGCUUCUUCUCUCCGUCCAUCGUGGAGGUCAUCAGCAGGCGAAACGGGGGCACCCUGUCCCGGCACGCCUCUCUGCCCACCCAGCGCCAGCAGCUGCACUCCAGAGCCCCCCUGUCCUGCAGCCUCAGCUCCGCCCCUCAGACUGACGACUCCUACACUCUGUAUGCACCCCCCACCCACGUGGUGCUGCCGCUAGCCAACGGCCUCACUACCAGCGCAGCUGGAGACAGGAACAGCGUCGGGAGCACCGGCAGCGUUGGCAGCACUCGGAGCGCCGGGAGCGGACAGAGCACCGAGAGUAACAACGCACCCAAUGGAAUUCAACACAACACUGUUCACCAUGACAACAACAACAAGCCGGCUCCCUCUGCUGUUGACUGUGGACACUCAGACCUGAGCCAGCAGCCCGAUCAUCCUGCAGGUGGGACUCCUCGGAGGCAGACGGUGACCGUGCAGAGACCUGCAGAGCAGAACUUCUCUCAGCAGUUUGUUCGUCCUCAGCAGCUCCUGGAGGGAAAGGAUGCUGAGGCCAUCUAUCAGUGGCUGAGUGAGUUCCAGCUGGAGCAGUACACCGGGAACUUCAUCAGUGCUGGUUACGAUGUUCCCACCAUCAGCAGGAUGACUCCUGAGGAUCUAACGGCCAUCGGAGUGACCAAACCGGGCCACCGCAAGAAGAUCUCCCUUGAGAUCAACAACCUGAACAUCCCUGAGUGGCUGCCCGAGUACAUCCCAUCUGAUCUGGGGGAGUGGCUCAGUGCCAUCGGUCUCCCACAGUACCACAAGAAGCUCUCUGAGAACGGCUACGACUCCAUCAGCAUCGUCAAAGACCUCACAUGGGAGGACCUGCAGGAGAUCGGCAUCACGCAGCUGGGUCAUCAGAAGAAGUUGAUGCUGGCGGUGAAGAAGCUCUGCGACAUCCACCGGGCGAUCCUGCAGGCUGAAUCCGGAACAGGCACACUGCGCCGGAAAGGACCCGGAGCCCUCCACCUGGUUACCAUAGAGCCGCCGGACUCAGCCGGGGAGUGCUCCUCCCCUCACACCCCGAAGAUGCUGACCUUCCAGGACAGCGAGCUCAGCUCUGAGCUGCAGUCGGCCAUGUCCAGUCACUACGGAGGCUGCGAGGAAGGUCUGGCCAUUAAACACGCCGUGGGGAUGUCUCAAAGCGAGGAGAGCAUCGACACCAGGUCCAGAGGGUCCGGACGCUCCCAGGAGCCUCCUACAGCAUCCAUCACUCCCCACAGCUGGUCUCAGGAGAGUCUAGAUGGAAGCCCCGCCAAGGAGAGGAACCACCCUGAGGGCUGGGAUCAGAGACCUCUGCAGCAGCAGCUGCUCCCUAAGCAGGUCCCUCUGGGGACGGCGACUGUGUUUAAGUACCCGGCGAUCCCGGCCAAGCCCAGACUGCCUGGAUCCUGCGGUUCCUCUCCUCAUGGCUCCCCAGCUCUAAAAGGUUUCAGCUACCUGCACUCUCAUUGUGGUUCCACAGACCUGAACUCCCCUCAGAGGCUCGUGGACCGCACCAUGACCCUGACUCCACCGAAGAAACGCAACCAGAGCAAGAUCCGCUACGCUCUGUCAGACGGCGAGCCCGAUGAAGACGAGGAUGAGGCAGCGUACCGCUCCGGACACCUGUCAUCCUACGCAACCCUGACCCGCAAACCGGGCCGCAGCCAGCUGGUCCGGCUACAGUCCAGUCCAGAGAAGAACGGGAAUGUGGGACGCAGCCAGUCCUUCGCCGUGCGCGCUCGAAAGAAAGGUCCGCCUCCUCCGCCCCCGAAAAGACUGAGCUCAGUGAGCAGCACCACCAGCGGCGAGCUGAGCGACAGCAGCACCACCUCGUCUGUGGGGGGCGUGACCGACAGUCCGGUCAGCGUGAGAAGCAUCGCGGCCUCCAUAGAAGGAAAGACCGAAGGAAGGGACCUUACAGGAUCUAAACCAGACCUCGUCCUGCACGCCCCGUCUUCCCCUUCCCUCAGCGCUUCGGGACAGGAUCCCAGAGAGGCUGGAGGUGUCAGGAGGAGGGUGCAGAGCGAGUGUAUUCCCUCCCAGACCAUCAGAGUCCCUGAGCCGGAUCGAGGGGUGAAGUCUGACACUGAGGAGGAAGAACCCAAAGCUCCUGGACUAGACGGGUCUUCAUCGCCCCAGAACAGCUCCAGUGAGUGCAUCCCCUUUGCCGAAGAGGGGAACCUGACCAUCAAACAGAGACCCAAAGCUCCUGGACCACCCAGGGCCGAGGCCGUGCUUGAGCCUCCAGAGAAAGAAGACUCUAAGAACCUCGAAGUCCCCGAGUUCAACCUGAAGGAGUCGGACACGGUGAAGCGCCGGCACAAACCCAAAGACAAGGACCAGGGAGGAGGAUCCCCCAGUCGAGGGGCGGCAGAGGUAGAGGAGUCUGGUUGUGGCAGGUCUUAUUCCCCAAGCCAGGAGACAGCCAGUCUGAGGAUCAGUGAGGUCAAUCUGAUGAGACCAGGCAGUCCAGCAACAGGAUCCCCCAUCAAACGUCCACUAUCCCCAAAACCUCCUGCUGUGGCUCCGAAACCGGUUCGCCACAGUCUGCUGGCAACUCAAGCAGCUAGACCCUCGUCUCCUUCUGUGACCGUCAGCGGGGUCCAAUCCGUGGCCUUCAGCUCUCCGUCCUCUCCAGUCUACGUACCCAGAGCUCCGUCCCCCCAGGCCCCCCAGAGUCCCUCUAUGACAGCCCCAAGGAGUCCAGUGUGUAUGGUGGGUCAAGGUAACGUCCCGGAGUCGAACAUUGGGACUGAGGUGGUUCAGCAGAGACUGGAUCAGACCAGCACGUCUCUGGAAGCCGCUCUGAAGGCCGUGGAGAAAAAACUGAACCGGGAGGACGACUCAGAAAGCGUUUCACACUCGGUGAAGUCUGCAGGGACAAUCCUGGACGACAUCGGCAACAUGUUCGACGACCUGGCCGACCAGCUGGACGCCAUGUUGGAAUGAGGACUUCACGGGAACGCUCCAAGAGAGGGACAACGAUUUACUCUCAUGCUCAGGAAGUGAAACAGAGACAGGGACAGAGACAGGGACAGAGACAGAGACAGGGACAGGGACAGAGACAGAGACAGAGACAGGGACA